UAAAAAUUGCAGCAAAUAUACAUAUACAUAUGUAUAAUUUAUACUUCAUCUAUGUUUAAUGUAACAUUUUUAAAUUAAAUAUAAUAAUUAUUCUAUUUUAUUAAAGAACUUAUUAAAUCGUAAAAUAUGUCAAUGAAAGAACUGGCUAAGCGUUUAUAUUAUAUACCAAAACCAACUCGAUGGUCAAAAGGAAUUGGUGCAGAAUUACCACAAGAAUAUAAAAAGUUUUGGAGAGAAUGGAAAAUACAAAUACCGACUGCUGUGCAUUAUAUAAAGCAAGAGGGCAAAUAUGUAAGAAAUGAAGAAACAGAAGAAGUAUAUCCAGUUCAAAAUGUACCAUUACCAUUAUUAUAUCCUAAAGAAUUUCAUCAAGGUAUAUGGGGUGGUGAAGCUGUAAUACAAGGUUUUACAAAAAAAAAUAAAUAUGCUCGCAGACACCCUCAUUUUUGGUUUCCUACACUUAAGAAAUCUGUGGUUUAUAGUGAAGUAUUAGACACAUAUUUGAGUGUUGUUAUCACCAAUAGAACUAUUGAUUUAAUUAAUGAACAUUAUGGUUUUGAUCAUUAUUUAUUAAAGACUCCUGCCUGUGAUUUAAAAUCUGAACUAGCACUAAAAAUAAAACGUCAAAUACUUUUGUCAUUGGCCGAUAAAACUUUAUAUCCAAAUGAUACUGUUAAAAGAGAGGAAAUUUAUACUAAAUAUAAAGAAUAUUUAACACCAUAUACACGAGAAGAAAUUGAAUGGUAUGGUUUAACAUUUAAAGAAGCUUGUAAAAAAUGGAUAAAACAGAAAGAACAAAUAAAGAAAGUACAACCUUUAAAACUUCAAUUUAGAUCUGAGUUAAUUGCUAAACUUAAGGAAGAAGAAGCUGAAAAAGCAAAAAAAACUUUAGAAAAAUCUUCAACAUGGAAAUUAAACUGGAAUCCUUUUGCGAGUUCAAAAUCGGAAUAAUAUAUACAUUACAUUGUAUAAUAUAAUUAAAUAAAAUGAGAGAAUUUAAUUAUAGAA